UCAGCCUAUGAGAUAAUAUAGGCUGGCCUUUUCUUUGCAGCUGUAUUGUUUUAGUGCUUGGAAAAUAGCAGCAGGCUGAGCAAUGAGUCAUCUGUCACUAGAUGGGGUUAAAGUAAUUUCCGUUUUCUGUUGCCAUGGGGAAAUCAACGUCCUAAGAUUUGUCCUUUCUCCCACUCAAACACGUGGGAGUAGAAAGCCUGAAACCCAGCAGGGCUAAACAGUUUUUUAAAAUUUUAUAUAUUCCCCCCACCCCCCCCCUUAUAAACAAACUUCCCUCCGUGGCCUUGCAGCUGUCAGUCUGUUCCCGGAAUCGUCCGGUUAACAAUGUCAUUCCCCUUCGAUUGCAAAAAAUCCAGAAGCAGAGUUUAAGUAAAUAUUUGACAUUCAUAUAGGAGUUGCUUCACAUUAUCACUUAUAAGAGCCUCUGUUGCCUGUAAAAUUUUACGUGUACAUUCGAGGGGGUUAUAAACUUGUUAUUAUACAAUAAAAUUGAAACUUCAAAAAAAAGUAAAUGAAAGUAGCAGCUCACCCAGUACUCGGGGUAUAGCUUAGAGCAGAAACAGGAAAGAGGAAAUUGCAGUAAAUACCGUUUAAAAGCCUCGCUAAUGUAUAGCUUAUAUGAGUAGCAGCAUAGCAACAUCUAGUGUUGAUCAGGGAUAUAGCUGAAGGUUAUCGCCAUACUUCAUUAAUAACGGCCAUUUGAUGAACUCUGCAGGCAGGCUUUUCCCAGACCACCACCCCGGCUCCUUCUCCCGUGUCUUUCAUAACACGUCACUUUUUUAUGCUCCGUGCCACUGCUUUCGUUAGCUUCACAGAAGUGCAGUUAUCUGGUAACGCUCUCCAUCUGCCUAGAUCGUUUCGAACAUUACUGUGGUUGUAGUUAAGAGACGACUCAAUAGAUCUACAGGUUUAAAUGCGAUUCAGUGCAACGGUGGCCAAAACUCUUAGCAUCUGAACUGAAAUUAAGAAAGCAAUUCCUACCCGGCAGCUGGUCACGUUACCAGCUGUAUAAUCAAACCCAGGACCAAUUAAACACUGCUGUCAAAUUGGUGGAACAUUCAAAAUUACUCCUUUCCCUGGAAAUGAGCGUGCAAGCGUAAGGUUGCAGCGCUAAGUGGACUGUCAGAGAAGGCUGUGUUCUCACUCCCCUGUACUGCCCUGCAAACGCAGGGAUUACUGUAUUAUGUGCAGUUUAAGACCAUCUAUAGAAAAAUGUAUUGAUGCAUUUUAAAUCCAUCACCAUACCCCAUGUAGACACUUCUUUUCCUUUAAAAGACCUCUGAUCCUCAAAGUUAAGUCCCUUGCAACUUAGCUCCUCCGUAGGUUAUGGAUUAACACUACUUUAAAUUAGUUAACUAAACUAAUCAAGUUUAACUUAACAUAACAACACUUUUUAGUUUAGAUGUAAUUAUUUUUAAUGGCUUUGUUGAACUCUCACAAUUUUCUUCGUAUAAGCAAGCCCUUACAUCAGGGCUCACAGAGGACUAGAAUAAAAUAAUUUGUCCUCUUAGGUUACAGCCCCUCUUACAUGGGGUUUGCUUCAUCUUCAGUAAAAUAACAUCCUUUGGGUUUUCUCAAACAAAACAAGACUCAUGAAUGGCUGCUUUCCAAAUCCGGCUCUGUCUUGCAACACACUGUGAACAGAUUUUUUGCCACAUCCAAGUUUAUUACAUGAUCUAAUUAGCAUGACUGUGUAGGUGCAUGGAAUGCACAGGGGGAGAGGAAAAAUACAAGUGUGCAAAACACUGUUAUAUAAUUUCCUACAGGAAAACACUUAUUAAUGACAGAGACCUGGAUCCCUCUCCAGAUACUUUUGAGCAGGAUUUAAGGAGCAAGCAGCUGGGCAAGGAAAAAGAAAGGAUAUUCAAGUCUAUAGCAGAGUAAAGGGUCAAAAGCAGGAAAUACUGAAUACCACCAGAUUUUUGUGACCUAAAAAUACAAUUACAACUUUUAAAAGCUAUUAAUUCCAUACUCACGUUUGUGGCUUUUGUCUCCAGAUAAAACAAUUCAGUGAAAUUCAAUGCACGACUGAAAGCGAGGACUGCAAGCGUGUCAGCCAUACUGCAAGGCUAGCUCUUCAGCAGAAAAUGAAAUACAGCUUCUAAUUAAUAGCAAGAAACAUGGAUUGUUAACCACCCCAGCCACGAGAAAGGCAUUAGGGUGUCUACUGGAAUUGUGCAGCCAGAACACAGAUCAGAGCUCUGCUCUAUGUUACUGAGGCAUUCACACCGCCCUAACCAAGUUAAACGGGAAGCUAAGUAACAUAAAGCUAUCAGAACCUUUUUCUUCCUUCUGCAUUCUUGAAAAUACAUUUUAAAAUUACGUGUGAUCUUUCAGAGCCUUUAAAGGGGUCAGGCACUAAGCGCAUCUGGCAUGCCGAUCUCAUUCAGGAACAUGAAGUCAUCCUCCAAGCUGCAUUCCUGAGUCAAGAACGUGUAAUUUUCCAUGCGCUUUACUGACUUGCACAUUGAACAGAGAUUAAUACUAAUUUUAUUGAAGAUUGGGCAUAUUUAAGAAAAUUGCCAGCCCUGCUAGUUGUGUUUUAAUUAAACUAGAAGUGGAAUAACGUUUGCCAGAGAGGGCUGCUGUUAUUCCAAUAAACAUGCCCCACACAGCCUGCUGCGCUAUGCCAUAAAUCCGUUCAAUGCUACAUCUCACCCAAUGGGCUGAAUUGGGUACUAUAGGAUCUCCAGAGGUGUAAGUUUAAUUGUAAAUUAAAUUUGUCACUCUGGUUUUCCUUGCAGUGCAGAGGGGAUGUUGUCAUCACAGCAGCCCAAGGAGCCUCCACCAUGCAAGCUGGCUUACCCUGAAGCAUGGACCAUUCCAGUCUCCUGGGGCACGUGGUGGUACCCAGUGCCACCCCGGCUGAUGGCAGCAUUCCAGCAGCGGGGGCGGGAUGGGGGGCCACAGGUCUGCAAUGAGUCUGAUGGUUAUCAGCAGCAUGCCUGGGGGAUUGCAUAUGAUAAAGUACACAACACAAUUGCUUUGGCUCUUGCAAACAAAAUAUUUGCUGUGGCAGGCAGGGAGAAAACAGGGCUGCAGUCUGAUGAGCAGUGGGAGGCACCAGCCCUAAUCCCUUUCAAAUCAAAGACCUUUCCACCACCGUGCCCAGGAGCAGAUCCUAGGAAUGACCUCCUGUCUCCAAAGCGCCUCUCAAAGCUCCCAGUGCCCUUACCUCUCAUGUUGGGGGCAAUCAAAGACACCAACAGCAUUAGCUGUGUGAUUCGCUUGAUUUCAAGUUACAAGGUAGAGCCCAUUCGCUCUAAAUUUCCUUACUACAGACAUGUUGCACCAACAGUAACUCUCCCUGGGGAGGAGGUGGUCCGGCCGGGGAGGACGCGCCUGUGUCCUGCAGAGGCUGCCGGCACCAGGGGGCUGGUGUCACAGGGGCUGCGGUGGGCAGGACAGCCUUGGAAACAGCAGCCCCAGUUGCUGUUAGCACAUUGCUAGCGCUCUCUGCACUGGGAAGCAGUCCAUCCUCUUGGGAAGGUGGAUGAAGAAGUAAUUCCGAAAUCACAGGAUGAGCUUUCCGCAGCUGAAAGUGAAGGGCAACGAGUCUGGAAAAAAAACAUAUUCCUGGGGGUGAAGGAGCCUUAUUUACCACACUGCAAUACCCUCUGUUUCUGUAGGAACAUCUGAAGAUAAACAGAAUAGUGCUUCUUUGUGCCAGGUAAACAGCUCAUACAUGCCAUGGCUACAGUCUCGAAGGAGCUUCUGUUUAUUAUGAAAUGUCUCUGCCUCAGCUUUAGCUACAAACCCUCACUGUGAAUACAGCAGGGAGAAGUUUACAAUGAAAGUGAAGGGCUUGUACGAAGUUAAUAGAAGUGUACUUAUUACCUUUGGGGUUAUAAGCAUUUUUUCUGGCAUUUUGCCUUUUCCCCCUGCUUUUUCUUAUAAGCUCUGGUUCUUUGGAUGGAGCGUUUGCCUUGCCAGUGCCAUUUGCAAUGGAGCUUUGGUAGGCAGAACAAAUGCGUUGUCAAACAUCCUGCUCCCCUUUCCCUACACUGACUUCCCAAACCUCUGCAGAGACCCAUCGCAUCACGAAUGGUACCACCUCAGCCUGCAAAUACAGGACCUGUGCUUGAGUUCAGCCAUAUUCCAUGCAUCUUCAGGUUUUGUGAUGACCUUUGGAUGCGAGCAGGACACCCGAACAGAGACGGAGAGCUCUGAAGCAGGACCUGAGGAGGCAGCACGGAUGCGUGCCAGCCUGACAAUGGGGUUUCAUUUAACAGGCACAGAUUUAAGUGUGGAAAUCAAAUAUGAAACAGUCGUAGCCAGCAUUGUCUGCAUUCUUGGAGUGGCACUAAACUAG